AUGUCUUCUUCAGUCACUCCCGAAGUUCUAUGGGCUCAGCGCUCUUCCACAAGCGACCCUGAGAAGAACUAUGUCUACCUCACCAUCGGCGUUGUCGAUGUCCCACCCAAAAGUCUUAAGCUUGAUCUCAAGCCUACCGGUCUGACCUUCACCGGUACGUCAGACAGCAAGAAGACAACGUAUCAUCUCGACAUGGAAUUCUACGACGAGAUCGACGUGGAGAAUUCAAAGACGCAUCACACCCCAGCCAACAUCCACUUGGUGCUGAGAAAGAAGGAACUCAAGGAGGAAUACUGGCCACGACUGCUCAAGAACCCGGCCAAGGUCCACUACCUGCGCACCGACUUUGACAAGUGGGUCGAUGAGGACGAACAGAACGAGGCGCCCGAGGACGAUUACAUGAACCAAUUCGGCGGCGGCGGCGGCGGGCUCGGCGAAGACGGCGGCUUCGGAGGCAUUGACUUCUCAAAACUCGGCGGCGGUGGCGGCGACAUGCCAGGCAUGGAAGGCCUUGGUGGAGGCGAGGACGCUGGUGGUGAUGAUGAGGAAGAGGAUGACGAUGACAUGCCCGACCUGGAAGAAGACAAGGAAGAGGCUGAAGGUGAUGCCAAGGGCAAGGGCAAGGCGGUCGCAUAA